CUCUACAAGAUUGUUUAAAAACGGCAAGACAAAGAUUUUUUUCUUCAUAUCGUUUCCAAACUUAUGCCGUUCGUCCAGAAUCGUCACACGUUCUUGGUGGUGUCAAUGGAGCAAGGAAGCGAGAAGUCUCCAUUUCUCGAAUACAUUUUGGCGUCACUUCAGAUCCAAAGCAAUCUUUUCAUAAUUUUGGUUUCAACCUAUCCACAGUCUAAAACUACGCCAUGUUCAUUUCUUCUUCUAAAGCUCUCAAGGCGCUUCUCGCCGUUGCGUCCGUUCUUGCUUUCUCUUCCUCAUCGAACGCGGAGGAAACCCCCAGCAGGAAAUUGAAGAAAGGCAAAAAACCAAAGAGCAAGACAAUUGCCUUUGAUUCCGUGCGAACCAUGAGGCAGGAUACCAUCGCUGUCGGUAACGAGCACAGGACUAUUAGUUUGACCGAUCCUACUGCUGGCACACCUUCAAUGAUUGGUGCUACUGCUGUCAUGCACUACUUUCUUUUCGAACCAAACACCAUCACCGAGGCCAAUGUCGCCAGCAAAAUGUCUGACAAAAGCAGCAGCGUGGGCUAUUCUUCGGUUGUCUGUACGAUCACACUUGCCAACCAAGGUACUUUCAACCCAGAACGAGGUACUUGUACGCUAUCGUUCGAAUUCCAGUACGAGGGGGUCGACUCAUCCCUCGUUGGGAUUUAUUCCGGCGAUAUCCUGCAGCAAACAAAAGCUGGACACGAGGGUGUCAUCGUAGGUGGAACCGGAAAGUUGCACAAAAUCAAAGGAGGACACGUCAAAUACGAUAGAACGGUCUUUGACGCGGUGGGAGACGACGUAUUUGUUCUUGAAAAAAUGGAACUGCACCCCAAGAAGUAAGUUUUGUCUGGAAGUAUGAUGCACGAAAAUGUUUUAUCCGAAACUGCAUGGAUCCGAUCCGAUAAUGUCAUGGAAACACAGAAAAAAAUGAGGAGAUUCCGUCCGUUCUAUAUCAGUGAAAUUAAAGUAUUUAAAGUAAU